AGCGAAGAAGCGCGAAGAGAAGGGGGAAAAGGGCUGCCGUGGGCGCCAGUAUCUGGACCGAGAGAUUGUAAGCACCCGGCUCUCGUAGCUGCACGCCCAGCAUGUGCUUUGAGCUUCAUCGCGAAUUCAGCUGCGGCCACGUCUCGACGGAGCUCACCAACUGCCCCACGCACAACAAACAGCAGAGCUCGGCUAAGGGCAUAUUCGGCGCGCUCCUGCGGGGGGACUUGAAACACAAGAAGGACUGCGGCCGCGUCGUCCGCCACUACAUGGAGCUGAAGCCGCUCUGCCACGAGUGCACCGUGGGGGCCGAGACCUUCGUGGCCAGGUACGUGGGCAACGGGGCGCUCAAGAUACAGCGGCCGGUCGUGGAGGAGGACUUCCGACGGCCCUUCGAGAAGCACCGCGAGAGGCGCAGGCGGGAGGCCCAGAGGCCGCUCGAAAAGUCCGAGAGGGAGAGGCAUGUCCGACACGGUAAGGGAGACAAGGAUCGCACGAUAGCCGACGCCAACCCCAACGUCUGGAUACCGGAUCUGUACGAGAACCCGCAGAGGCUAGCGAGAAAAGAAGCCUCCAGUCGGGCCGCGGAGGCGGCGCCGCCGGUAAGCCCGCCGCGGCUGCACAAGUCGUCUUCUACCCACCAACACCCCUCGCGUAAAGCCAGCAGGAAAGAGAAAGAGGCUAGCCAGGUACAUGAGAAGCCCCCGAAGAGCCACGAGCAUAAUAGGAACCACGAGCAUAGUAGGCGCCACGGCUCCCAGAGGAGAGCACCGGCCUCUGGCAACUCGCAGCCCCAGAGGAAGCCGGCCGAGCCAGCGCCAGCGCAUCGCCGUCCGGGGUAUGGAGGUGUCUCCGGCGACAGGCCGCCCACGCCGCCUGUUGAAGAGCCGCCGCGCUUACCGCCGCAGACUACCCAGCACAAGUCGCGGCCGAGGCCGCCGCCCUCGCCCUCGGCGUCGCAGCCGGCAGCGGCGACAGCCGGCGAGCAAUCGGAUCCGCGGUGCGCGCCGGGGUAUACGGUGCCGCUGCCCGAGUACCAGGUAUAUCUCAACGCUCUGGCCUUUGCCAGGGAACACUCAGAGCGGAACGCCGGGAAGGCGCCGGAGACGCCCAGGGUGCCGGAGACGCCCCGGCCGCCGGCGACGAGCGGUCACCGUCGCAAAGAGAAGCCGGGCAGGAUGAAUCUGCAGGGUCUGAGCAAAGCCUUGAGGAUCAACCCGCCAAGUCCGGGGUCGGAUAUUAGUUUCGUCUGUCAGACUUCGAAGAAACUGUCAUCGAUGAAGGACGAGCACCGGCCUGACGACAGGUGAGGAGUGACACGUGUUCAACCCGCGCCACACCCGGAGUUUCAUUCCCGGUAAGCUAUACAUCUAUCUUAUGUCUCGGCUCGUACUUUGAUGAACACGCAAGCGUACAUAGGAUUGUCGAAUCGUUUAGGAUAUGGUAUACAUCUAUCAUAGGUGGGUAGUUGGGCCAGCUUUCGGGCGAGGUUUAGGUCAACUGAACGGAGAAGGUAAAUACUGCUGAUGCUAAAAUCUAAACAAUACAGAAAAUGGGUUCCGUCGUACCGCCCCUCCCUCGUUCGCAUGGUAUGUGAGAAGAAGAGUGUCGAUUCAGGGGGUUUGAUAGGGGGAGGGUCGAAGUCUUUGAAAUGUCAUCACUUAGCUUCUUAUACAUAGUCUUGACAGGGGUCCUCUAGGGUGAUCGCUACGGAGAUAUUCCGCCGUCGAGCACUAGCCAGGCGUGUU